GGGGGCGUGGUGUAUCAUGGGAAACGAAGUUGCUAACAAACUAGUUGUAGCGGUGGAGAAAGCGACUAGAAGUACAGCGCCACUUUCUUCAAAUAUACGCACAAAGACAUCGGCUAGUAAUGUCUGGAAGGAAGAUGCCGAUCUGUCCUGCGUCUGCAUCCCAGGGCUUUAGCUCGACCCCUCUCAAGACCAGCCGGGGGAAAGACUUCCACACACCCAGGGGUUUGGACGACGGCGUAAUAUCCGACGACGAAGACACAUUUUCCCUCCUUUCUCCCAUCUAUCAUGACAGUUUUGACAGUGAUGAAGAAGACCUGGAGCCCAGCCCAGCUGAGCAAACUUCACCCGGGCAGAGCGACAUCUCAGGCCUUAACGUCUCACCAGUCAGAUGUGAAUUGCCAAAAACACCUUUAGAGCAGAUGUUCAGUGAAGCCCUGCAGCCUGCAGCUUCACACACACUGAGUGCGUGGGAAAUGUGGCUGGUGAACAAAGCCAAAGAGGACCGUCUGAAAUUGGAAAAGAAAGCAGAAGAGGAGCGCUUACUCAAGGAAAAACAAGAAGAAGAAGAAAGGGAGCGGGAACAGAAAAAGAUUGUCAUGGAAGAGAAGAUUCAAGAAUGGCUAAAAAUGAAAAGAGAACAGGAGAAGCUUGAGCAGCUUGUAAAACAGAGCAAAGAGGAGGAGGAGUUACAGAGGAAGUUGGAAAAACAGAGGGAGAUUAAGCAGAAAGCUCAGCAAAAGUACAAAGACUGGCUGCAGAAGAAGAACCAAGAAAAAAUAGAAAGAGAAAAGAAGGAGAAAGAGGAAGCUGCUCUGAAGGAGGAACAGGAGAAGGAGCGCCGCGAGAUGGCGGAGGAGAGGUUUAAGGAAUGGUUGGCAAAAGCCAAUGAAAAAAGCAGAGCAAGUCCCAAGUCACCUUGCUAUGCAAAAAGUCCCUACGACAAAUCCUACCCAUCACCCAGCUUCUGCAACCCGAUCCCAUGGAAACCGAUUCACGUUCCUCCCCCAGACACAUCACUGAAUAAGACGUCUGCCAAGAAACUUCAGAAACAGAGGAAAAGCCAGCAAAGCCCCAGCACUGUUUUUAGACUGAGAAACACUGUGAGCGGAGCACAAUUGUGGCAGAAGAGAUGACACAGCAGAGCGACGUCUGUUACUGUAAUGGCUGCAGCUUACUUAUGGUGACAAAACAUGAUUUCACCACGACUCAUCCACACCACCACAGCUCCUGAACAGAAGCUCUGCUGAGUCACAGAAGUAUUUCUGUUCUGUCUAAUAUGGCUGUGGAAAUUAAGAAAUGCACCUACUUGUAUGUAUAAAUUUUAAUUUUUGUGUUUGAUUUAUAUACAAGAGCCAUUUGUAAUGAUGUACUAGCUCCAACUUAAUGUCUGGAUGUUCAGAUUAUAGUAUUUUAACAUGAUUUUUUACAAAAGAUGUUUAUAAUUUGUUCUGACAUGUUUAUUAGCAUCCAUAUUAGAGAUUGUGUAGCAAAAACAUACAAAAGCCUGAGUUGUUUAUUUUGUCUUAUGUAAACUGAAUCAGUUUUCUUAUUACGAUAAAUAGAGUAUAAAUAUUU